UUAUUUUUUUACCUUUCUCUAGAAUGUCAAGAUGCUUUGGGUAUGGAGAACGGAAAAAUCUCUAAUGGUGAUAUCACUGCCUCCUCAGAGGUGAUUAUCGAGCACCACGCUUACCAGGGUAGACUGAACUUCAAAAAAGAUAAAGGCAAAAUAGGAGCAUGGACAGCAAGGGAAAGAAGUGACACACAGUGGCUCCAGGUUGAUCUGGGCAGUCAGUUCACAAGAGUAACUGGUGUAGCGACACAAGGAAGAGGAGAUAGAGACACAUGGGUUACGAAAUAUAAGUUGCAGUACAGUAACGAAACAACGCAAUUCCAAUGCUACAAUGAAACAGGGCAAAACAGGGUAAGGCAAUAUUAUAUUCCUUGAGUGCUCGUGCGUUUAACCGAGCUAUCAAUAUCUCAUUCUGGAAAUAUUAGCUAAAACAGGUGAAUGGUUUGAACCAAAGAGUCAUUUCAUACUAGGUUGACUGACAUGAUUUUCCGGAGUAGCCAUUUUUAGACACUCAGAGAACGUUGAUAUAAUUUAGACGUCAGUUUGGUCAAUUAAAUCGCGAUGGUGUUGGUCGUCUGCCAGUUAAGCUGUGAUGUUCACUUGUUGGCUAUGAACACUCUAAAUGUGUUAAGUCCGUUUCGAACCGUAACGACUUUUCUACGCAAAUCACUGAACACCAAAACGAACGACAAUAAAUGGUGACUUCGACAUUCACAAAACUAAUGCACAUUGCCGAAAAAUACAUCAAUUGUCACCCUGCGAUAGUGUUCUACUACCCUGCGAACAGAGUCUCCUUCGAUCUUCCCAGAUAAGUCGGAAAGAUGAAGGAACCUCUGCCGACAUCCUCGAUUAUUCAUAUUGAGCAUGUUCCAAAUUCAAAUUUUUCUGCGACGUCAAUCAAACCGUUACCGUAGCGUCCACUGUGUUUGUCAGCAAAUGUAAAUGUUAGCAGGAACGUACCAGUUCAUUUUCGCCCUUCCGUAUCUGUGUUUCCUCUGGAUUUGGAAACUCUAUAGGAACCAUUUCACCUUUGGAAUCUAAACUUGCCACGUUUCAGUAUAAGAAUUAAAAAAAACUUGGAACUAAGGUAAAACUUACGGUGCUUUUAAAAAACAAAGCAACGAACCUUGAAACACAGAAACACACAAAACGGAACGAAAUCCAACAACCACAAAUCACAAACCACGGCCUUUCGUUUCCUAAGAGGUUCGCUAAAAUGUAAAGGCGAGAAAGCGAAGAAAGCGCCGCUUCUUCAGAUUUUGAUCGACAUCGCAGAAAAACAGAAAAUCCAAAGACGCUUAGAUAGAUAGAUAGAUAGAUAGAUAGAGAGAUAGAUAGAUAGAUAGAUAGAUAGAUAGAUAGAUAGAUAGAUAGAUAGAUAGAUAGAUAGAUAAUCUUGAUUUAUCCACGGUACAAAAUUCGUCAGCUUUAAAAAUGCCUAAUACUAAUAUAAUAAAAAUAUUUAAAUAAAAAAGCUGCUUUCCACGAAUGCCGUGCCUUACAGUUCUUUGAGUAAUCGUUUAAAUUGCCCAAGGGACUCUGCUUCCCUUAAGUUACAAGGAGGACUGUUCCAGAGAAUGGCACCAUUAUAGCUGAAGCUGUUUUUGUAAUAGUUUGUGCGCGGUAAUGGAACAUUGAGUUUAUUUUCAGAGUCCCUUAGGUUAUAUGCGACUUCUCGCCUUUCAAAUUUAGAUCUAAGAUAGUUUGGAGCCAACCCGUGCAGAGACCUGUAAACCGUCGUAGCUCUUUGAAAUUGUUGCUGGCAAGCUAGGUUUUUCCGCCCUAGAAGUUUGAAAAGGUGACCAGCAUCUACGUCAUAGCUUGAGUAGGUCAAAACACGGGCUGCUCUGUUUUGUAGCUUUUGAACCUUAUUCCGUAAGGUUAUCCCACAGUUUCCCCAAACAAUGUUGCAAUAAUCAAAGUGUGGCUGUAUUAAAGCUUGAUAUAUUAGUUGUAAGGUCGCCUGAGGGACAAGGUGCCUUAUUCGUUUUAUGGCCCCAAUACCAGAAGCGACUUUCUUUGUUACUUUCUCGAUAUGGCCACUCCAAUCAAGUCUGUCAUCGAUGGUCACUCCUAGUGAUUUUGCAGUAGUGACCUGGCUAACUUCAAAAUUAUUAAUUGCAAAUGUCGGGGACUCUGUGAGAGUACUUAGCCUCUGCCUAGAUCCGAUAAGCAUAAAUUCGGUUUUAGUCAUAUUUAGAGUAAGUUUGUUUGCUCUCAGCCAAUUAUGAAUAUUUUCUAAAUCUUGAUUUAGAUGCAACUGAAUAUUGUCUGCAUUAUCACCUGCGUACGUAAGGUGGGUGUCAUCAGCGUACAUCCUCGGCUCACAAUUUGAAAGACAGUUUGGAAGGUCGUUGAUGUAUAACAAAAAUAAUAAUGGACCUAAAAUCGUCCCCUGGGGAACACCACAACUUAAUAAACAGCUUUGAGAGAGCGAUCCGUUGAUGGAGCACAUUUGAGUACGAUUCUCUAUUCUCUUGCGCAUUUCCAGUCAUCCGGAAAUAUGCCUUGACUUAUUGACUGGUUAAAAAUAUCACGGAUAGGAAUGCAAAUGAGAUCUGCACAUUCCCGAAUGAGCCUAGCAGAUAUCUUGUCAAGGCCAGCUGCCUUUGACCUAUUUAGACGAUUCAAAAGUGAGAGAACUUUAUUUGUACUGGUUGGAUGGAGCUGAAACCGUUUAUCUGUGCCAUUGAGGUACUUUUGAUAACCAUCACUAUUUGAGGAAUCAAUAUUGCUAGCAAGUUCUGGACCAAUAGUAGCAAAGUGAUUAUUAAAUUGGUUCGACAGCACAGUUGGAUUUGUUAUUGAUACUCCAUUUACUUUCAGAGAUGUCACCGAUUUUUUCCCAGAUUUUCGCGAAGUAAGUUCAUUCAUAGUCUGCCAGGUCUUUUUAGAAUCGCCCGUAUGCUUGUUAAAACUAUUUUGAUAAUAGGCUUGCUUGGCUAAUCUGAUUUCGCUAUUUACUAUAUUGCGUUGUUUCUUAAAAAGUGACCAGUCAUUUGAAUCAUUCGAUUUACUUGCUUUAAUCUUUAGAAUAUCACGAUCAUGCAUUCGUUUCUUAAGCUCAGAUGUAAUCCAUGGGGAACUACGCGUGCGAACACGCAUUGUCCUCAAGGGAGCAUGCUUGUUAACAAUAGAUAGAAACGAGCAUUUCCAUUGUAGCCACAUUUGAUUGGGAUCAGUUGAAUUGUAUAUGUGAUCCCAACAAUGAGAUGCAAUAUCAUUCCGAAAAUUUAUUCGAUUAAAUUUUCGAAAGUUUCUGUAGGUUAUAGCAUUGUGCCCACCAGACAUUCCAUUCACGGAUAAUUUUCGAUAGGCAAAAACUAUGCUAUGAUCGCUAAUACUGAUAUGACGAACCCCCGAACACACAACUUUAUCUGGACAAUUAGUAUAGAUUACAUCAUCAAAGUUGCAGAAGUCGGAGUUAUUCUGGUUGGUUCAGUGAUAAGUUGCUGUAGACCAUAAAUAUCAGUGAUACUCAUUAAUUUGCAUGUAUUAUUGUCAUAUCGAGUAGCAAUCAUGUCGCAUUUAAGGUCUCCCAUUAGAAAAUAUUCAAUAUUUUCGGAAUCGAGUUUCCCAAUUAAAGUUUCGAAAGGUGAAAAAAUACCAAUAGGAGAAUCAGGUGGUCUAUACCACGUGGCAACAACAAACGGUUUAGAUCUAGGUUUUUGAAUUUCCAGACAUAGAUUUUCAAGAGUGUCCAUGUUUAAAUCAUUUCGUAUGGUAAAAUUUAUUGAACUUUUCACAUAGAAACACACUCCUCCUCCACCGUUUGUAAUUCUAUCACGUCGAAUUAUAUCAUAGCCAGAGAUGUUGACCUCAUUGUCGCUAAUAGUUUCAUUGAGCUUAGUUUCGUUAAUCGAUAAAAUAUCUAUUUCGUUAUGCGCUAGAAGAAUUCUAAGUUGAUCUAUGUGUGUGAUUAAUUUAUUGAUAUUUAAAGAGGCUAAUUUAAAACCUCGUUGAGAUGGCAACACUGAGGUAGGCUCAUGAGAUUCCUCAGUAUUGCGUUUUGUACAUUGAAUAGGCACGGCAUCGGUGGAUAGCGCAUCAUUUCAACCUAAACUCAUCUGAAAGUUCUUAAAAAACUGUUGAUUACCUUUAAAAUUAAGAUGUAGUCCGCCCUUGUUAAGUUACUUUUCGGAGAUGUUUUGAUGCUGGAUAAAUUUCCAUCCAUUCUGCCGGCAGUAGAACUUCAGUUGUUUAUUAACUGUUUUCACGGCUUCAUUGAAUCCGUCUCUUCUUUGCACGAGCUCAGAUAUAAUUACUGUGGCAUCGGAUGGGUUUUCAAUUUGUCUGGCGAGAUCUACCACUGAGCCGGCAACUUGUUGUGGUUCUUUACUUUUGAGAUCAUUAGUGCCCACGUGCAGAAUCACUUGGUCCGGUGAAAGCUCCAAAUUAGGUUUAAAGUAAUCCUUCAUAGCUUUGGUGGUGGCACCGGAGACCACCGUUUUUGGCAUCGCAGAUCAGGUAUUAUCCAAAAACAGCUGUAAAAACACCGACCAUUUAAACUCAACAUGGGUUCUAUAGCCUCAUGAUCUUAUUUUGAAUAGACGUUAUUCGUAUUCCCCGACGGCCCUGGCACGAGAGACUUCACAGCAUGAUUGCGAGGCUAAAGCGGGGAACUUUUUGGCAAAAACACAAACAAACAUGGGUUAGUCGCGGCUGAACCGCUGCAAAACGAUAGAAAUCAGCAAAAAACUGCAAGAUUUCAAAGCUUAAACCUUACGGGUAAGCUAAAGGGAUAUCUGUUUCAAAAAACAAAACUGUGGGAAGAGCUGGUCGUACUAACAGCAAAAGUUAAAUGCCACGAAGCCAAACGAAGAAACAAGAAGUAAUCAAGAAAAUGGUAUAUUGUGUCAAAAUGUCAAUACUCGAAUCCUUUUUAUAAAAUUUUAUUCUUCUUAUUAUUCUUUUUCUCUUGUGUGUAUCUGUAGUGUGGAGUUUAAACUGCUCAGUAUUAUCGUCUGUACCAAACUCUGUGUUCAACUGCGUGCACGUUUUUGUACUCUCGCACAGUUGUUAUUGAAGAUAAUGUAACUUAAAUUUAAAAAUAAACUUUACCUAGUCAUCUUUGUUCAAACCGGUUUAACUUCCUUAAAAUGCACAUGGACCGGGUGUAGAACGCUAAGCCCCGUCCUGAUAAGUAAUUAUCCACUGAAUGAGUCGUUUGGUUUACUUCAAAUACACAUUCAAGAUUUUGCAUCCGCUCUGUUAGAAAAUUUCAACUGCAAGGUAGGUUUGAUAACAUCACUGUUAACUUUAUCGCAGGCUUUCGAUAAUUACGUCCAUUUCAAUAAGAGAUAUUCUUCGAAAAGUUUAAAGGACUCUGAAAAUUACAAUUAAAAUGGCUUCGGGGAUUUUGAGAACAACUCUGUUUAUAAUAUUAAAUUAUAAACUCGCUCAACAAGCACUCUUCUUAUCAAUAUAAUAAUGGUUAGGAUCGCUGUUUUUCUUAAUAAUGACGAGCAGAUCUUCCUUUUGUUGUUUGAAAUAAUGAUCUCUCAAGUACGUAAGCCCUUUGGAACUUUACAAUGUUGAAAGUUUUCCUUAAAUUCUGCAAACUCAGCCGCAGUUUUCUCAUAUUUAUUUGUCCUCUUCGCGAGAAGUUCCCCGCAUGAGCCUCGCAUUCAUGAUCAAAGCCUAAUUGUCCCAGGACUGUCGGAGAAUACGAAUACUGUCUAUUAAUGUUAUGAAUGAGAAAACACCAAAGAAUAGGCAUAGAUAUUGUUUCGUAGAAAUAUUUUUAUUCAAAACUCAUUUGUUUAUCCUUCCAAGAACUUCGCGUAAAACUUACUGGAUUGGAGAUCCGUUCACGCAAGUAAAAUCGGCUAAGCACAUGGUUAAAUCCAAAACAAAAUCCAUCUCAAGUCUGGGUGCAUUUUCCAAUUUUUCUAAAACUGAACGUUCAAUCUAUAAUUUUCUCAAAAUUCCUGCAUGAAAUUGAAGGGGCAGCUAUUUGUUUUGUUAUGGAGCGUGGGCGCAGAAAGAGUCCGCAAAACUCCAGAAUAUGCGUGCGUGCACAGGUAUAACUGGUUUAUCAGUAUGAAACUUGUCUGACUCAUCCAAAUCGCUGGAUGGUCGGCAGAUCAAAGGAACUUGAAGAUGUCGGCAGAGUCGCUUCCUCUUUCCGACUCAUCUAGGAAAGAUCGAAGCGACUCUGCUAGCAGGGUAGUGUUCUACAGACUGGUUUACUAAAUUAUAAAAAAAGGCUGCUGAAUACAAAUUGCGGUACAGUAACAAAACACAGCAAUUCCAAUACUACAAGGAAGAACCUCACUUCACAGAAAAGGUAAUAGAUUUUAAGACUGGAAGCGUGAAAAAAAUUUCAAAAGAAAGAAGUAUUAAAGACUGACUAAUCCUGCCUAUCAAGGUGAACAGUCUAGUGUUGAUACAAUAAUCCAAAGAUAAAAAACAAACAGAAAUGAUAAAACGAAUAAGGAUGUAAAGAAGGAGGUAAUUGUUAAGAAACUCAGAUUCUAAUGAAAUGUCAUCAAUUUGCAGGAAUUUGUUGGAAAUAACGACAGUAACACGGUUGUCCGCCAUAACCUGACAAAAGUUAUUACGGCUCGUUUCAUUCGCUUUCAACCGACAGAAUGGCAGGAUGACAUAUCAAUGAGAGUUGAGCUCUAUGGCUGUUAUGCCGGUAAUGUAUGGUGUCUUCAGUUGCUGCAAUACUAAACCGCGAGUGUAGAUACUAGAAUAGACGAUGAGCAAAGUUCAUAAGUUCAACCAACAUCCCACAGAAUGGUACACAAAAAUAUCAAUAAGAGUCUAAAUAUAUAUGAUCGUAAUGGUAAAUAAUGGCAUCUCUUGAAGUGGCUUAGUUACUAAAAAGAGAAAAAUGGAAAGAAAUGUGGCUAUAAAUCGUUGGAGUUACAAUGAAAAUAGAAGUAUCGUUAUAUGUCUUACAUUUACAGUCACUUGUUUUGAUUAUGUGUCAUGAUCUUUCCGCUUCAUUGACCGUUAGUCUUCUUAAGGUGAUGGAGCCAUUACACAGUCUGAAGGCAGGUUGGUUCGUGAAGCGACCUUUAGGUGUGUUGUCAUGGUUCGAUCCAUGACAUCCCCCGAAUACGAUAUAGGUGCAUGCUCUUAUUACUCUAAAUCUUUGUUAAAAACUCUCUAUAAAAAAUAAAUGCGAAGUAUUAAAAUGCGAAAAUAUACUUUCCCCUUUUUUCACAUAACAGAUAAUAAUAGAUGCCAAGAUGCCAGCACUAACUGUGACGUGAAUGUUAUUUGUCCUUUCAGCUUUUUAUCCGUUUGAAAAUAAGAAUAAAAUGAUUUCAAUUUUUGUUUACGGAGGUAACCAACUGAUCGGAAAAUAUAAAGGAAACCUAUCUUGAAUUUACAACUACAGCGAGCCUUGCAUUGCCACUGAGAGUACUAAAUGAACAAUGUGCAUAAUUUCUCUAAUUGAAAGCUUCAUGCUUUUGAAACAAAUGGCAAAACGUUGAGCUUGGGCAAAAAAGGCGAUGGUGUCUUUUAUCAGCCCAAAGCCAGAUGAUGAAAAGCGUAUUUUAAGAACAAAUUUCCAGUCAGCAACAAAGUUUAUGUGGACAUACAGUCGUCGACUCCCGAUAACUCGAACCUUCGCUAACGCGAACCUCGCGCUAACUCGAACCAAAACCGAAUUUCCCUGGAUUUCCUUCAUACAUUUAUUGUAAUUUUACGUUCGAUAACUCGAACCCUGGAUAAUUCGAACCCCCCGCUAACUCGAAGUACUUUUUGUUUCCCUUUAGGUUAUUUCUAUACAAUUUUACCCUCGAUAACUUGAACCAUGUUUUAAGCGCCUGCCAAGUCGAAAAAAGACAUUAAGCUGCAGUUCAAGAAACAAGCGCGUACUCUUUGUCUUUACUUUUUUGUCAGUCCAAUUAAAUACAAUGCUUAGCCAUGUACUGAUUAAUCAAGCUUUCGUGAUUUUUUUUUCCCAUUUUCAAAAUGGCAAUAUGUAUCUUGCUGCCCUUGAAGUGAAGUGUGCAUGAUACUUGGAUUUCCUUAUCUCUAGUCAUCUGCUUCGAUCUCCCAAUAAAUCGAACUUUUUUCGAUUUCCCUUGGAAGGUUAGAUAUCGGGAGUCGACUGUACAGUUUUCUUCCUCGAAGCGUACCUCCCUCAUUCAAUAAUUGGAUAGCUUUGGAUAUUCUUAGCGUCAGAAAAGCACAAAAACUAGAAUACCAUGCAGAGAGUACGACGGUUUCCUCCUAAAUAUAUUGAAACACCUUUUAGGCAGUCCAGAGCACUUUUAGAUUUCUAGAAAUGCAUUCUCAGUGGCGCUAUAAAAUUUGUAUCUGUUCGGUCAUCCUGGGGGAACUUGAGUCGUUUCGAAAUUACAGGGGCUUGAGUUUUAUUAUUCCGAACAUUUUAGACGCAUUAUUUGACGUAUUAUGAAAGUGAAAAUUUUUCUGCUUCCUCUCUCCAUCACAUUUUUUAAUCCGAAAAUUUUAGGUCUCCUUUUUUCUACGAAAAAUAGCCUAACCUGGGGAGUGAAAUAUGAAAAAAAUAAACUUAAGAAUGAAAAGGUCAUUUAGAAAUUUUUAGCCGUCCUCAAGUAACAGAAAAUUCUAGGCAAUGCAUGUCUGCUUCUCGUAACAGAUAUUUUACAGAAAGUAGUCCUUGGGAGCCCCUAAGUAAACGAGGAUUGAUACAGUUUAAUAUUGUCGGUUUCCGUUGGUUAAGUUCAAAUCUUUAGUUAACAGUCAAUGACGCUAGGAUAAUUUUAUAUAAACAUUUGAAUUAUUAAGUGAUUAACAAUUUUUGUUGGAACAACUAGAGUGCCACGAUAUAUAUCCUCUGGGAAUGGAAAAAGGUCAGAUCCCUGAUGGAAAUAUCACCGCUUCUUCAGAGAGGUUUUUCACUCACCAUGCCUUCCAGGGUAGACUGAACUUCAAAGUAGAUGGAGACGGGGUCAAAAGAGGAGCGUGGACAGCGUGGAAAACAGAUGUCAAUAAGUGGCUUCAGGUUGAUCUGGGCAGUCAGUUCACAAGAGUAACUGGUAUAGCGACACAAGGAAGAGAAGAUAGAGACAGAUGGGUUACGAAAUAUAAGUUGCAGUACGGUAACGAAACAACGCAAUUCCAAUACUACAAGGAAACAGGGCAAGACAUGGUAAGGCAAUAUUAUAUUCCUCGAGUGCUCGUGCGUUUAACCGAGCUAUCAAUAUCUCAUUCUGGAAAUAUUAGCUAAAACGGGUGAAUGGUUUGAACCAAGGAGUCAUUUCAUACUAGGUUGACUGACAUGAUUUUCCGGAGUAGCCAUUUUCAGACACUCAGAGAACGUUGAUAUAAUUUAGGCGUCAGUUUGGUCAAUUAAAUCGCGAUGGUGUUGGUCGUCUGUCAGUUAAGCUGUGAUGUUCACUUGCUGGCUAUAAACACUCUAAAUGUGAUAGGUCCGUUUCGAAGCGUAACGACUUUUCUACGCGAAUCACUGAACAGAAAAACGAACGACAAUAAAUGGUGAAAAGGUUGAGUUUGAUUGUCUGGGUGAACGUAGUCCUGAAUAGGACUGUUGUUGUUGACAGUGACUGACUUUUCGACAACCUGUGCGGUAGUCAUCUUCAGAGUCAAAGUGAGUUGUAUCACGUCAGUUGAUGGUAUUAUACUCUGGUUAUUGAUCUGAUUGGUCAAUUAUGUCGCGAUGUUAUUGGUCGUCUGUCAGUUAAGCCGUGAUGUUAUUGGCAAUGAAGACUCGUAAUCAGUGAUUGGUGCGUUUCGAUCCGUCUAUUGUCACAGUUAAACAGUCGUCUAUUGUUAGUCAAAUUGUCAGUUCUUCAGUUGUUCUCUCGUAGUUAGUUUUGCUUGAUCUCUUCAAUAAGUCGUUUGUACGGCGCUGGUAACUGUUGGCUUCGAUUCAGUGGCGUUUGUUCUAAGUUAGUAAACCAGCCUUCUAAAGUAAGACGUUGAUAGUAGUCUGUAGAAUACGUUAUACAUGUUUGAUGUUUCGUCUUUAAAUGGUGCUCAGCAAUGUGAUUGUUGACGUCACCAUUCCUCGUCGCGCGUUUGUGUUCGGUCAGUGGCGUGCUUAGGUUUCUGCCGGUUUCACCAAUGCAAGAAGCCUGGCAGUCGCAGCAUUUGAUCUUGUAUACUGCUCCCUGUCUGUCCUCCGGUUUGUCUUUGUCCUUGACAUUAGUAAGCAGUCGCCGUAAAAUGGUGACUUCGACAUUUACAAAUGCACAUUGCCGAACCAAAAAAUAAAUCAAUUGUCACCCUACGAUAGUGUUCUAUAGACUGGUUUAAUAACUUAUAAAAAAGGCUGCUGAAUCAAAAUCAGCAGUUAUGGGCACCUUAAUUACAAAUGACUUGUUCACGGACUCAAGCAAAAUUGCCAACAAUAAAAUGAGUACACGACGGACAAUUGGACUCACACUAAAAUGACCGUUAUAACUGUGACAAAAGACGGAUCAUUCGGACGGUGUAAACUUUUUACCUGCUUUUUACCCACGAAUUCAUCGGUCACUGAAUUUAGAGCAAUCUGUGAUUAGAUUUUUUAGUUUUAGGUUGCUUUUAGUGUAAUUUUAUUUCUUAAAGUGUGGAUAGCUGUGCGGUUCCCCGCCAAAACGUGAGGGUGCCUGAAUGUGACAUUUCACAUCGACAAACAUGCCUUCUUCCGUCCACGCUUCUGCCACCACAAUACCGACCGAGGAUAUUCUUAGGAUAGCAGAAAAGUCAAAUCUUCUUCGAUAAAGUUUCGAUUAUUAAAAAAAGGACACCGAAACUGGAUCUGAACGCACGCAACAGUGUAGAGCAUAUUCCAAAUAGUCAUUACUAGCGCUACCAGUGUUCUCAUUACCUCAAAGUAAAUAUGUAUUUAUAAAACUACAAGCGGCAUUUGUAAAAGCUGUUACACAGCAGAAGCAAUGCUACACUUUUGGCGUUACAAUGCUUCAUUAAAUGUAAACGAAAUAACAAUAACGCGAAUAGCAUAGCAGUUAUUGUUCGUUAGCAGAAAAUAGGUGGUUGGCUCCUCUACUCCCUCUGUGACAUCUUUGCGUACUCUUGUUUGAAAUUGAAGCCAAUAUACAUAACUUAUUUGAACACAACGCCUUGUUUGAAACCAGAUGAAAUUGGUUUUAUGUUCGAUUGUUUAAGUGUUCGAUUUACGAACGUUCGAAUGUGUUCGAUUGGUAAAAUUUUUAGGCGAGUUCGGUUAAGUUCGAUUCCCGAACCCAAUCAAAGUCAAUCGAACGAUUGGAGUUCGAUUGGAUUCGAUUACCGAACGUUUGAUCAGCUAGGCCGGCAUGGAACAUGUACGUCAAUGAAAAUUAAGUUAACAUGUCUUUUCUAGUUUCUUGUUAGUCUGGCCUGGUUGCUGUGGUUGUUGCUCUCGGUCUGCCUGAAUAGGUAUAACCGUACCAGUAUAUAAGAGUUGAUGACCUCUUAUCCAAUGCACUUCAAUUUUGCUGUUUUAUUAUUACCUGCACUGUCCAUAUCAUACUUCUUACUAAUCUUCGGACGCAGCAGAUAUAAGUGCGGCAACUUACGGUAGCUACUUUGGAUCUAAUUUACCCAUCUUAAUUACGCAAGGCCACUAUAACGUCUUGAUAUAGGGUUGAUAUAAACCUAAAUGGUAACCGAUCGAGUGCGCUUAAGAGAUAUUUUUGUGAUAAAACGGAGAGAUUAUAAGAAAUUAAUCAGAAUUAUAAACAAUUAAUCAGAAAUAAGCAAACACUUGUAAUCUUCUGACAAAUCCUUAAAUUUGUAGGUAUUCAAUGGAAACAAUGACAGUAAUACUGUCGUGCGUCAUAACCUGAGCAAAGUAAUUACGGCCCGUUAUAUUCGCUUUCAACCGACUGAUUGGCACGAACAGAUAUCAAUGAGAGUUGAGCUAUAUGGCUGUUAUGGUAAAGUAUCUCCACAGCUGCUACAUAAUUUUAAGUUAAUUGUAAGUAAGUAUAUUAUAAGUACUAGCUCCAGUGGGGGUCGGGGAAGGGACUGGGGGUGGUGUCAAAAAAUCUUUUUCGGCCCUUCUUCGGGCCUCCGUUUGGUCUAAAAAUAAUUUAAGGAGGGUGGGGCUCCCGGGAUCCGCCACUGAGCUCAGACCCCAAUUUCCACUGACCAAUUUAUUGACACUGGUCAAUCACAUCGUUGAGUGAAGCGAAUCGGAAAGGAGCAGAUGGACGUUUUGCCUUUCAUUUGCACAUGCAUGCUAACGAGGUUUGGACAGCUGAACAGGAUAGUAUAAAAGAAUAGGAAAUGGAUAAAGAUCUACUAAAAUCGAAGGAAGUCCAGGGCAGGCUCUGGUUUUAAGUAUAAGUGGUUAAAAAUGGGGCGAUAUAUUUUAUUUAACGAUCAAAAGGGAUAAGCUCACAAAGCUAGAAAAACAUGUGUAUACAUAAUGAGUAAUCUCCUCCGCAGAACGUACAAAAAGCAAUGAAGACUACUAAUUUUCACUGUUUUCAGUGCUACGCUCCAAACAACCCCGUAAAGCGGGCCUCAGGAAAAAAAACAAACAAACAAACAAAAACAAAACAAAGCAAAUUUGUCUGACGAAGUAAGCAGUAAUAGAUACAGACAAAUUUAACACAUCUUUCGGAGAAACCAAACUUAUGAAGAAAAUAAUAAUUUUGCUGAUCUCAGAGAUGACAACUGUGACAAAAGAAUUAAAAAAUGGUUCAGGUUAAUAGUCAACUGGUUCGAUUAUUAUUGUUUGAAGCUCUGCAGUAAUUGAGACCAUUUUUUUCAUCAAUGUUUUGCUCCGCUGUAGCAGGUUUAAAUUUGCCUUUACUGUACCUCUUUUUCUGCUUUUCUCUUCCGUCAUUGUUCAAUUCAUUUCUCAAGGGCCACAAAGCCUCGUGUACAUAAAACUUCCAUUUUUUCCCCCAAAUCUGUGUACUACUUUAUUAAACCUAAACGCAGCCCAUUCAAAUUUAUCAGUCUCUCGUUCACUUCCUACAGAUGUUGAUGAGUGCAAAAGUGGAAACCAUGACUGUAACGUGAAUGGAACUUGUUUAAACACCGCUGGAUACUUUGAAUGUGUUUGCAACGAUGGAUACUAUGGAGACGGACGCAUUUGUACAGGU